CUUGGAUAUAAUUUCAUCUUAUUUGGAAGCUAUUUCGAAAUUAUUUUUCUUCUAUUCGUUCCAAAAAAAAGGAUAAUAUUUUUGACAUAGCAAGCAGUUCGAUAGUUGGAUGGAAAUUAAAUUUACUUAGACAGAUGUGUGUCACCCUCUAAACCCUACAAAACAUAUAAUACACCUAACAUUAGAUGACAUCGUCCGAUGAGGAGGAUAAGUUUGAAAUAAGAUGCAUAAAGGCAGAGGAGAUUUAUAGGAUGCCGGAAUGGAUUUACAAGGAAGUAGGCUGGACAACUAAUGAUUCUACAUUCCUAAAAUUGUGUUAUGAUCUAGAUCCUCAUGGCUGGUUUGUGGCCGUCACCCCUAUAGAAGGCAUAAUUGGAACCGUAUUAAGUGUCAACUUAAACGAUCAUUAUUCGUUCGCCGGUUUGUACUUAGUUUCGAGAAACCAUAGGUCCAGAGGAAUAGGAAAAAAACUAUGGAACGCCAUGCUAGGUCAUGUGGCUCACAGAUGCUUGGGGAUCAAUUCAGUCAAAGAUAGAGUUUUCUCCAACCUCAAAAUGGGAAUGACACCACCAUUAUUCAAAGUUUCCAUAUUCAACGGUUCCUUGAAACGCAACGCCCAUAUACUUCAUUCCUCAUUGAGGCGUUCUGAGGGCCCCUGUAACAAUAAAAUUAUCAACGAUCUCACACAUCUUUCUACUUUAAACAAAACAACGUGUAAUCACGAAAUUGAGCACAAUACUAAGGAGAAUGAACAUAAUAAUGAAAGCGAUGUAAUCGACGCCAAAAACCCUCACACCUACUUUAACAUACAAACUAACUGUAAAAAUGAUUACCUGAUAGACGAUGAGAUAGAUUUAAAGGAAACUACAAGAAAAGGGUACAACGAUCCCUCUCCGUUAGAUGAUAAACGUCUUUUAAAGGAUCCAUUUUACAAUAGCUUGUGUACUAGGAGCGGAGAUUUAGCUAGGUAUAACGAUAAAGUGAAGCUACAAAGUAAUACCGGUAAUAUAAAUGUGGUAUUUAUGGAUGGCAUAGAUAUCAAUUUAGCAACCUUACGCGAUUACGACGCGACCAUUCACGGAGGUCUGAUCAGGGAAAAUUUCUUAAAGACCUUAAUACAGCUAUCUGCGGAGAAUGAUUUGACAUAUAAAGUAAGAUGUAUAGUGGCUACCAAAUUUGUCGAAAUGGAAAUAUGUGGGUAUGGAAUUAUACGACCUAGAGGAUUGUCCAUUUCCAAAAAUAAUAACGAGACCCAUACUUGUCCUAACGCUAGGGAUUCCGCUUCUCUAACAGCGGUGCAUUACUUGAUAAUAGGUCCGCUCUAUGCCGAUAAUCCAGAAAUUGCUCAUACAUUAUUGAAAGCUCUACUAGACUCCGUCCCUUCCGAAUGGGAAAUUAAUGUCGAGUUGACGGUUCCUUUAAAGAUGAAAGACGGGCACAAUACUUCGAAUAAUUCAAUGCUCAACACAAAUUUCCUAUACACGGCUGCUACAACAGAGUUAGGGCUAAGAACCGAAGAAGAGUGCUAUAGAAUGUAUCAAAAUAACGUUCCGCAUACAUUAGAUGAAUGCCAAGAAAAUGCGCAGGAAAGCAAACCGAUUAAAAGUAAUUUCGAGGAAAAUCAUGUUGAUAAAACACUAGAGUGUGUUCCUACGCCUGAAAUUUUAAUGGAAAAGAUUUAUUCUUUCGUAAGUUCGGAUAUGUUUUUAGAUUAA